CCCGCGUGGGUGAAUGUUAGUCGAACUAAAUGACGGAUUGGUGCUCCUGCAGACACGUGGCACCGGGAGUGUGUCCCAGUGGGAUGGGCGAGAAUUGGUCUCGAACUGGGAACUUCAUUCAUGAUGUUGAGGGUAGAAGAUACUGCUAAGGAAAAAAGCAGGAGGGAGAGCUGCUUUGAAAAUGUCACAUCCUUUUUUUCAAAACAUUGCAGAAAUGUUUAAUUUCAUUCUCUUUUCUACUGUUUUAAACUUCAUGAUCUUAAGAGGUGUUCAGAUCUAUCGUGGUUGAAGUCAUAUGCUAAUAGGGUGGUCGUGACAAGACUCUUAGAACAGAUUCAUGUUCUAAUUGGGAUUGGAUUAAGCUAGGAAAGCAUGCUUAGGCACAUCUUGGAAAAACCAAGCAUAGGCUUAUAGCCCUAAAAUUCAGAAAAACUAAAUUCUCUUUGAAAAUGGAGGUAGAUCUCUUUUUAAGUUCUGUGACCCUGUUCUCUUUGUGGUUUAUUUAGCGCUAUUAUACUCAGACAAGUUGCUGGAAGCGUUCUCGGACAGCCCGAGGUUGAGCGUGCCUGGGGGAACGUGUAAAGGUAGACAUGGGUACGUUUUAAUAUUGUCAGACGAGGAGAAUCAGGACUGCCUGCCAUUUCCUUACCUCCUCCCACUUCCUAAAUACGCUUCUUCCAGAGUUUGGGGAAAUAUGGGUAUGGAAGUUACGUUCUAAAUUAUUCUUUAAUAUGAGGUUAUGUUGUGGGUUCGGAUGUAAAUAAUUGUGCAAAACAAAUUAAUAGGAACUGAUUUGCUCAGAGUUUUGUUCAAUAAUAUAUUAAUAAGGCAUUUCUCCCUUUGCACUGAGGACUGAUGUGUCAAAUGAAACGUAAGGAGGAAAUGGAAGAAUCCAGGUACAUCCAUUGCAUAUUAUUUUAGAAAAGAUGAAUCCUGUGUACGUGGCAAUUUUCCAGUGUCACCUGAACAACGAAUUCUCCCAAGGAAAUUCAUCUUUUCUAUUUCUUAAAAGGAAAAAAAAGAAAAGACUUCCGGCUUUCCCUUCCCAUCCACCAUAUCCUUCAGCUUCCAUUCUCAAUGGUCCCUGUAUUCUUGUUUGACCAGUGACAGGAAAACAGCAUCUGUCAGGGAGCUGUCUGGUAAGAGUUACCUUAUGAGCUGGAGCUUCAGGAAACAUGAGUAAAGGCAUACGUUUGUAUAUAAUCGUAGAUGUAGUGUAGCAAGAACAAAAUGUAUUUAUUUUGACACAGGGAAGCACUGACUUAUGUUGCUGAAGAACUUGAAGCUAGUGAAAGGUUCUCUUCUCAGUCUCUGAGAGUGGACCCCAAGUGACAAAGACCAUUCACUGAGCAGGCGCCCGCUGAGCCGCUCCGCUGAGCCAGCCGUGGCUAGGCACACGAGCGAGCCACACAGACCUGACUUCGUGAAACCUAUUGUCCGGGGAAGGCCAGGUUUUCUCCCUUCGAUUCCUCAAGUCUGGGUUGCAAAGGCAGGGGCCGGGGACUCUACUGCCACAGGUUUCUAAGGAACCAAGGUGUUACAAGUACACAAUGAUUGCGGUGGGGGGUGGGGAACUGGGAAUAACUUACUGGGAAGCUAAUUUAUUUGCUUAAGAGGAGGUGUGGGAACCAGUACCCUCCAUUUUGAUCUGCCAAGGAUUUCCUCUCAGAGCUGUUGCACAAAUAGAGGUGGGGCUUGGGAAGACACCAAACAAGACAGAUAUGCACCUAAAUUUCUAAUGUGUUCUCUGGGUUUCAAUUCUGAAGAAAAAAUAAAUAAAGAUUUUAUUAAGUAUUGAUGUAGCAUCUUUUCCUCUGAUUCCUUUUUUCCCCUUGUUUCAGGAUACUUUCAGUGUUUUUCUGUUCCAAUUUCCUGUUUUGUUAGGGGACAGAAAAAAAUGACAUCUUCUACACCCACGUAAACUUCCGCAGGGGCUGUUGCACGACAUCCGACGAGUGAGACCUGUGCACUUCCUUACCCGUCUUCAAAAGGCCCAUAGCAGGUGCACUCCGUCUCUGGAGAGGACACUCUGAGUCUGCUGUGUUGUCACGUGCUCUUCAGUAUAGCCCUUAAACGGAGGAGCCACCGGUGCACAGCUGUUCGAAAGGGCACGUUUGGCCUGCUGUCGAGGAAGAAGUGGCACUGAGUGUGAUCUAAGAGACUGCGGCAUUGUGAGACCCGGUGCUAGGACUCCCCUUACUGUCUGCGGAGCCCACCCUCAAAGCCAGUGAGCCUGGGCCAUUAGCCAAGUCCCCGGAUCUCUAGACCGCACUGUCUUCCAAGGACAAGAUGUCUCCCAUUAGGCCAGUGGCUUCAGUCACUCCAGUGAUUUUGGAAAACGCAUCAAGCUCUUCCGAAAUCUAACAAGCUUGUUGCAUUCUCACGUCGUGGAAAAGGGGUCCCAAAGGAAAGGGGCCCUCAAGUCUUGCCAGUGGUGCCCGAGAAGCCGCUCGGUGCCACAAGCACUUGAAAGUUGCAAACGUAGCCAAGAGAGAGCCCACAGUCCUCAGCCUAACUUCCUUGUAAUGAGACUUGCUCUUCGCCCGACCGGGAGUUUCCAAAAGCCAAGCAUCUCCAGACUGCAGCCCUCAGGCUUCCUCUUGUGUGGGUGUGCUCCCAGCUGUGGAAAUCCGCCGUUCCUCGCGCCGUUUCACUUCCCCGGCGUCCCGGGGCCUGUCCCCGCCCAGCGGACCCGGCCGCCUCCAGCUCCCGGUGAGAAGACUGCCGGGGCCUCCGUGCAGCCAGGGGCAGCGCACACGCGGGCGCCCUUCCUUGCCAGGCCUCGGAGGGGCCCCAGAGCUGCCGCCGGUACCAGCGGCGCUCUGAGACCGCGGGCGCCCCGGAACAGCGCGCGGCCGGAAGCGAGCCCCGCGGUGGGCGGCGCCUGCAGGCGGCCUCGGGGUGGCCUGCGGGCGCCCGGCCUGGGCCUCGGUUCCCGCGCCGGCGCCAGUGUCCCGGGCCGACGAGAGCCGGGCGAGGCCGGCGGCGGGAGGGCCAUGCCUCGCCUCCGCCUGCUGCUGCCGCUGCUGCCGCUGCUGCUGCUGCUGCUGCCGCCGCGUCCCAGCGCGAGCCACGCGGGCCCGCCGGACGGGGCGCAGGAGCCCCUCCCGGGCCUGCGGGAGCGGCUGAGGGAGGCCGCCGCCCUGUCCCGGCGCUACUGGGCGCUCCUGCGCUGCCGCGUGUGGCCCGAGGACUGCGACGGCGACGAGGAGGCUCGCGCGGGGCCCCUGGGCUGGAGCCUUCCCCUGCUGGGCCGGCAGUACCUGGACAUCCUGACCUCCUGGUACUGCAGCUUCCAGGACUGCUGCCGCAGCGGUGACUGCAGGAUCUCCAACAACCUCACAGGCCUGGCAUCGGACCUGAGUGUACGACUGCACGGCCAGCAUCUGGCCCGGGAGCUGGUCCUGACAGCUGUGAGGGGCUACUUAGAGCCGCCGCAGCCACACAAGGCCCUGGCUCUGUCGUUCCACGGCUGGUCUGGCACAGGCAAGAACUUCGUGGCGCGGCUGCUGGCGGAGAACCUCUACCGGGAUGGGCUGAGGAGCGACUGUGUCAAGGUGUUCAUCGCCACCUUCCACUUUCCUCACCCGAAGUACGUGGACCUGUACCAGGAGCAGCUAACAAGUCAGAUCAGGAAGACACAGGAGCGCUGCCCCCAGACCCUGUUCAUUUUCGACGAGGCCGAGAAGCUGCAUCCAGGACUGCUGGAGGCCCUCCGGUCACACAUGGAAGCCCGGGCCCCCGAGAACCACAGGGUCGAGUCCCCGAGAACCAUCUUUCUCUUUCUCAGUAACCUUGGAGGCAGUGUCAUCAAUGAGGCUGUCCUGAAUCUGCUUAUGGCCGGGUGGUCCCGGGAAGACAUUAAGCUGGACCACUUGGUGCCCCAGCUCGAGGCCGAGAUUGCCAAGUCCACAGACAGUGGCUUUGGCCAGAGCCGUCUUGUCAAAGAAAACCUGAUUGACUUCUUCGUCCCCUUCCUGCCGCUGGAGUAUCGCCACGUGAGGCUGUGUGCACGCGACGCCUUCCUGAGCCAGGAGCUCCCGUACACAGAAGAAGCACUGGACCAAAUUGCCAAGAUGAUGGUGUACGUCCCCAAGGAGGAGCAACUCUUCUCUUCUCAGGGCUGCAAAUCUAUUUCCCAGAGAAUUAACUAUUUCCUGCCUUGACUGCAAGAGGAAGACUUCCUGAAGCCGCCUGCCCUCCUCUAACGGCCCAUCGGGGCUGGCUGGCCUCCCGCGGUCACUCACCCACACAAGGUGUGGGAAGAAGGCGGGCCUCAAAUCAGAAGCGGAGCCAGUUCUUUCAAUCACUUGGUGCCUUAAAAAGCCACAUUCUGAAAUGUGGGCCAGGUGGUCGGAGAAAGCCACAUGGAAGAUACAUCUCAGCUCUUGCUUGCAGACGCCUGUGACUGUGGGACCCUUGGUGACAGGGAAUGGAACAAUGGAGCUGCUCAGGUUUACGGGACGGGUGGCUUAGUUUUCAAGUUGUUCCCCAAGGGAAGCUGGGUAGCUUCUGUGAGCAGAUGAGCAAAAAGCCUCAGGCUAAAGGAAAAAGUACACAGAAUUAUAUACAUAUAUAUAGAUACAUACAUAUAUAUAUAUAUAUGUAUCUAUAUGUAUAUAUAAAUCAUGUCAGCAUAGGUUAUGACUAAUUCUCUUGUAAAUCUAAAAGAAAAAUUUAAGUUAGGGGCUUUGACAUGCCUGUGUCAUAUAUAUAAAAAUUAAAAUUCUGUAUUUUUCUAAAA